UUCCUCCGGCGGCCCACUUGCCAUCAAAAUUCACUUCAUCACAAAAUUAAACUCAAACUAUAAAGCAUUAUCCUCAUCUCAAACGCCAUCAAUAACAUACCCUUCACCCUUAAUUGCCAUGACCUACAACAUUAUAAUUUUGUCACUCUUCUUCUUCAUCGGCUUCCUCCUCAAUUCUUCUUCUGCUCAAGUCAUAGGUCGUAAUGAUCUUUACCCUCAGUGCUCCACCGGCAGUAAUUUCACUGCCAAUAGUACCUUCGACUCUAACCUCCAAACUCUAUUUUCUCCCUUAACUUCCAACAAAACCGCCAACCUCGACUUCUACAACACCACCGUUGGCCGCGGCGGCGAGACUGUAAACGGCCUCUUCAGGUGCGUGGGUCCCGUCAACCAGGACAUAUGCCGCCAGUGCGUAGCUAACUCAAUCCUACAGGCUGGAUUCAUGAAUGUAUUGACGAUUAUUAUGAACCAGACGGCGGACGAGGCUUCCAAGUCUGCUGUGAUGAAGCAGAAGUUUAAGACGAAUGCGGUGGUGGUAGAGUUUCAAACUAUGUACGUUCUGGUUCAGUGCACGCCGGACCUUUCGUCGGCGGAUUGCAGAAGGUGUCUGAGCGGAGUGAUUGGGGACUUUAGAUGGUGUUGCGAUGGGAAGAUCGGAGGAAGAGUGCUAUAUCCGAGUUGCUUCGCUCGUUAUGAAUUGUAUCGGUUCUCUAAUUCUUCUACGCCUCUUCUGCAAGUAAAGCUGCCGCCUCCUCCGGCUCUACUUCCUGGUAAGCUUCAUAAUUAUAUGCUUUUCUGA